AUGGUGCGUAGUAUCUCGCACACAGAGAAGCUGUUCAUUGGCGGAGAUUUCAAUGGCCAUAUUGGGGCUAGUGCUAGGGGUUGUGAUGAUGUGCAUGGCGGGUUCGGUUUUGGGGAUAGGAAUGAGGGAGGUAAUUCACUGUUGGAUUUUGCUAGGGAUUUUGAUUUGAUUAUAGCUAACUCGAGUAUUCCGAAGAGGGAAGAGCACCUGGUAACUUUUCGGAAUUCAAUGGGUAAGACUCUGAUUGAUUAUCUUCUCUACAGGAAAUGUGAUAAAGUCUGUGCACUGAUUACAAGGGUAGCUUCUAGAGAGGUCUUACGGGCCACGAAGGGCUCUCUCGGGGGUCAUAGAGGGGACUGGUGGUGGAAUGGAGAGGUCCAAGGUAAAGUGGAAACUAAGAAAGCUGCUUAUUUGAAGCUAGUAGAGAGUACAAACGAAGAGGAAAAAAGGACUUAUCGGGAGUGUUACAGAAAGGCAAAGAAAGAGGCAAAGUUAGCAGUUACGACGGCUAAAAAUGCGGCGUUUGCUCGUUUGUACGAGGAGUUCGGGGGCAAAGGCAGGGACAAGAAGCUGUACUGGUUGGCCAAGGUGAGGGAGAGGAAGGCCCGUGACUUAGACCAAGUCAAGUACAUCAAGGACGAGGAUGGAAAAGUAUUGAUGGACGAGGCACUUAUUAGGGGAAGAUAG